AUGCUUCGCGCAAAGCAACGGCUUUCAGCCGCAUUCUCGCACCGGAGCUCCCACACAAGUGAUGAACCGACUAUUGUUGGGAGUCCACUACAGUCGCUAGACUCUCCGGUUGCGAUCUCCGAAAUAUCCGUCCGCUCCACCGAUAUCGCCACGAUCAGCCGCAAGCUCACAAUUCUUGUAGAUGGCCGCGACAUCAUCGAGGAUGGGCACACGAUAGCAUUUCUUGAUCUGCGACCAUUGUUGACUUGGUCAAUCCAUCCACCUCUCGGCAUCGCACCUGGAGUUGGAUUGGAGAUAGAUAUCUUCCGCAAGAGGUCAAUCACCCAUCGGUCGCGAAGGCUGGUCGAGGUUAUCCAGGUCACAGGAAUGACACUGAUCGAGGCUUGCACCCUCGGCCAUGACUACGUUCACGAAGAGCCUCAUAGUCUCUUGAGCGCUUCCAUCUCUCUUCAGAGAGCUCAAGCGGCGACAUCGUCACGAGGCUCAACGUCUGAAGGAACCAUUGCACAAGGAUCCGGAAAUACACCUAGAAAUGCGAGUCGCAUCUCGUCGAAACCCAUCACCCUGAUUCUCCUAAGAUUGGAUGAACUGGAGCGCAUCGAUACUUUUGCCCCUUACUUGAGCAAGAUAUCAGAUCUUCGAGGCGCUAUUCACGCAAUCGUUGAGCCGGUAGAAAUGUCUUCACCAGCAUUGUUCAGUACAUUCGAAGCCCUAGGCAAUAUGAUCGCGUCAACUCUAGGGAUCCUUGUCUCUCCUGGCUGUCGCGAUCGCCCUCAAACCUGCCCUAAUACAGUCACCACUACACUGGCCUUGAUCCUCAACGCGUGCGCUCUCGUACGGGAUGUAUGGGGUCCUGCCUCGGGCAAAGCUGUGUCUCAGUGGCUUCAGGACUUGCUGGCUCAGUUCACCGUGUCUCUGAGACGCGCGAUGCGUAGCAUCGAAGGGCGCAAGGACGAGGUAUUAUCGACACGCAUCUACGACUCGGAUGACGUACCCAGUCAACACAACGACGUCCGCUUGAACAACUCCGAUUCUAGGAGCACGUUAUCGCUAGCUCAGGACAGAUUGAUCGAGCUCUUGGACCCUCACUUUCUCCCUACAGGCUACCCAACAUCUUUGUGCAUGGAAGGGACCCGUACUCAGAUUCUGAGUGACGUCGAAGAUUGGCUCAAUGACCUCGAGGCGCCAAAUCUGCUGUGGCUGCGCGGCGGACCCGGCAUGGGAAAGAAUACGCUGAUCUGGACCAUCGCCAAUAUGCUAGAACGUCGGCAACGCAACGCCAGUUUCUUCUUCUUCCGUUAUCAGCACUACACGCCAUUGGACCUCUGGCGCACGGUGGCCUGUAGUUUGGCAUGGUAUCACCCUGCUCUCAAGGCUGCAAUUACGGCCAACUUAGAGCGAAGCCCUGAUCUUCGUCGCGAUGUACCGCGAUUGUUCGAAAUGCUCAUCGCAGGUCCUCUGCGGGCCAACUCGCAAGCCCUAGUACGGGCUGACAUCGCACCGGUCAUUGUGAUCGGGUCUCUUGAUGCCUGCAUUCAAACCGACGAACGGCAGUGGCAUGCCCUUCUUGAGACGCUUGCGCAGUGGCUUCAGCUUCCGAAAGAGUGCAAACUUGUGUUCACCAGCUGUUACCAUGAAGAAAUCGAACACCAUCUUGGCGGGCGUCUGCCCACUAAGCGUAUCGAGAUCCUCCCCGAAGACAGUCAUCAGGACAUUUCGACUUACGUCCGUCGACGGGCACUCUCCAUCGAAGCCUCCACCGACGAGUCCGUUGAGACGACGCCUCUGAACGCGAAACAACUCGCUCAACUCGUCGAUCACGCAGCUGGGUUCUUCCUUUGGGCUCGUUCCGCCAUGGAUUACGUCGCUUCGUCGGCGGAUCGACCGCGAGCUCUGGAGACUCUUGCAACCAAAGGCCUUCAUCAGAAGCUAGACGAUGUCGAUGACAAGUUCGAUGGCUUGCUCGACGACGCGUUCGAGGGGAUCAAGCCGCCAGGAUUCAGAGCCACGUUUGGAGCUGUGUCCCUCGCCUUCCGUCCAGUUUCAGUCGCAGAGCUCGUCAAUUUGCUAGGAGAGAACUUCGCUCUCCGUCAACCGGCCGAUACAUGUUCUCGUCUGUCCAGUGUUCUUAACGUUGCGGAUGUGGCUCUCCAACGACUUUGUGUCUAUCAUCCUGCAUUCACUGCAUAUCUCACCGAUGCUCGACGAGUUGGGUUGCGCUAUGACGCGUUCCUCGUUGAUGAAGAUCGGACACAUCGCCGGUUUGCCCAUGCCGCAUCCCAUAUCGAUCCCGAGCUACCAUCGCAUGCGAUGACCUCGUCCCUUGAGUACGCUUGUCAGUACUGGCAUGAGCAUCUUCUCGCUACCAAGGGCGACGUUGAAGAAGAUAUGCUUCGGCACUUGAAUGAACUCUUCCGAGUGAAGCUUCUGUUUUGGAUGGAAGUUAUGAGCGGUCUUCGUGUCAUAGACUCCGCCGUGCGGGCUAUGACGCGUAUUGCUCGCCGGCUCCGAUCUCAAGAUCCGGAUCUCUCUGCACUGGCCGAUGAAGCAACUCGAUUUGUACUAGUUCAUACGGACGCCAUCGCAUCAAGCGCUGCACACAUAUACAACUCAGCAUUAGCAUUUCUUCCCAAGACCUCCCUUCUCCACCCUCUAUACUCUCACCUAUCCGACAAGACUCCGCGCGUCAUCACUGACCCGCCUUUGCGGUUGCAGCCGCUGGAUGCUCUCCACCAUAGGCAAGGAGAGGUGAAGUCGGUCUGCGUAUUCCCCGAUGGCACCUGUAUGCUAGUCGCUUUCCAGCCCGAUCCGGUGUCAAGCUUCGCGCUGUUACAAACGGUGGACAUUCAAUCUGGUGCUACCAUAAACACGUCAACCGCUAUCGAUGGAACGGUUAUGGACGUCAAGCUGUAUAUGGAUGGUGAAGGCGUAUGCGCGGCUGUAGCGGUGACGGACGGCACGCUGCAGCUGUGGUGCUUAUCAGAUGGCAUACAGCAUUCGGCUACCCUCAAAGGACACGAGGACUACGUACGCUGUGUAGACAUCGACCAGACCAGCUCACGGCUUGUUAGCGGAUCUGACGACUGUACAUUGAUUAUAUGGUCUACGUUGACGGCAAAGGCUUUGGGGAAACCCUACACGGGACACCGGGAUUGGAUCCGCGCAGUGCUUUUCACCGAAGAUGGACAGAAGAUCAUUAGCGGAUCAGAUGACAAGAGCAUCCGUGUUUGGGUUGCUUCGACUGGCGUAGAAUUGCGACGGAUAAGCGUACAUGGCAGCUCUGUCCGAUCCUUGGCGUUGUGCCCUUCUGGGCUCAUUUCCGGAGGAGACGAUGGGACCAUCGUGGUCACUUCGUUGGAAACGGGUUCUGAGUUACAUCGGCACUCACGCGCUCAUUUCUCGUCCAUUCGCACCAUAAUAUACGACUCUCUUGCACCGUAUGGGGCAUCCUUUGUGACAGGGGCCGCGGAUGGCACUGUGCAGCUAUGGGAUGACAGCAUUCAGCCCUUGGAGGAGCGUCUAUACUUGCAUCAAAGCAGCGUCGUGGAUAUCGCUCGGGUGGAUCGCUGUCUCGUCUCUGCGGCAGAAGAUGGCUCCAUUGCCGCGUGGACUCCUUGGAAUCUCUCGGAGACUCACGUUGACGCAAGCUUGCAAAACAACGAUGAGAAGCGCAGGCUCAACUCACGGAUGGGACCCGUACUGCUUGUUCAGGCGAACGAAGAAGACGACGAGGUCCUCGUACUCGAUGCGUAUGGCAUUUGGCGAUGGACAUUCGAAGGGGAUCUACGCUCUAGAUCCGAUUUCAUCUCGGAGUCUGAGCAUGCCCUUGGACCUGCAAGCGCCGUCGCGCUGUCUUUGGCUGGGAACAUCGCGGCAAUUGCCCUGAGUGAUGGGUUCAUUUGUCUCGUCGAUGCAUCGACUGGACACGCGCGACAUCUACCCUUCAGUGCUCAUGUCGCUGAAGUUGCUACUUUGGCGUUGUCUGCUGACGGAAAGCACCUCAUAUCCUCCGCAAGAGACGGUAGCGUCCAUGUCUGGUCGACUGACAGUGCUUCUCUCAUCGAUCCACCCAACCUGUCUGGCCUGCUCGCUAUGGGUAUACCAGAAGAAGAAGCUCCAGCAAUAGCCGCAUCGUCGACGCAUUACGUGUAUGCAUUGGACUCUGUUCAUCUUUACGAGUAUCAAGCAACAGACGAGACACCCCUAGCGGACGCUGAGGAUAAUGCUUCUGCAUUGGAGUUUUCCUACGAUGGUACCAAGGUUGCCGCGUGCUCCUCGAGUGGACGGGUUACCGUAUGGAGUAUCCUUGACAGAGGGAUCCUCUAUUCGCAUAUACUGGUCGACUUCCCGAACGACGGACUACCAUACCCCAUCGUCUUCGACAGUGCCUUGGAGAUGCUCGCCUACAUCCCUCAACGCCUUGACUCGCACCAUGAUCAUCAUGAGUACUCCAUCUCUGACUUGCGAACUGGAGAAACGAUGAUGACGGUCAGCGGGAUCGCCUCAAUGCCAACAUGUGGGGCAUUCUUGCGCAGCAAAGGACGCAUCAUUGUUGGCAGCAGCGACGGGGUCGCCCGCAUAGUUGACUAUGAACGAGCGAUUAAAUACGCCGCAGGCCCAAGACAUGGUGAUAGUGUUCGCGCAGUCGCUUUCGCCCCAGAUGGGCGUUUCAUUGCUUCUGGAGAUGAUUCGGGGCGUAUCCUUCUUUGGGACACGGAAAGGAAGGAGCAAGUUGGCCAUGUGCAGCCGCACAUAGAUGAAUGGGUCCGCGCUUUGGUUUUCACGCCCGAUGGGGAGUACUUGCUUUCCUGCGGCGAUGAUUGCAAGAUACGCGGAUGGCGUAUCCCAGCGCUGCAACCGGCGUACGACCCGCUCCCGUGGCAUGACGGGCCCAUUCGCGCCCUUGUCCUGUCGUCGGGUGGCCAGUAUCUCCUCACCGCGAGCGAGGAUAACUUUGCAUGCAUCUGGGAGCUUCCGGCACCCUCGGGCCCAACCGGCGAUCCUCGGCCUGUACUCGUACGACAGCUAAGUCAUGCAACUAGGGUUUUAUGUGCAGCCUUCAGCCGUGGUGGUAGUAGCUUGGCGGUCGGGGCUGCUGACGGUGUAGUCCAUCUAUGGCUUAGAGUUGGCAAUGACUAUACCAACUGGAGCAGUAGGUCACUCCUCGGUCAUGUCGGAUCCGUCAACGCGUUGGCUUAUUGCUCGAAUCUGGACUCCGGAAUAUUCGUAUCUGGAGGAGAAGAUCGUACAAUGCGCGUUUGGGAUCACCUAAGUGGCGCUACCCUCCGUACCAUCCAGGUGCACGACGUCGUACAUGCCAUAGCGGCGUGCCCUAUGGGUCAAUUGGUAUUCGCCGCAUCUCGCGAUGCCACCAUCCGCACCUGGGAUGCCAAUACAGGCGAAGAGACGGCCCUACCCCUCCGGAUCCAUUCAGCUCCGGUUCUGUGCGUCGCACUCUCAUCGGACGGGAGGCGCCUCAUCUCGGGCCAUUCAGAUGGUCGGGUGACCAUACACGACAUUGCCUCAUCUCUGCGCGUCUGGCCACAGGCUUUUCAGCGCUCCGCUCCUAGCCCGAGCAUGAUCUGUGGCGUAGACAAGGAGGGAAUCGCGCUCAGUGCUCAACUUUACAAAGACGGUUGGCUGCGCGGGGGUCGCGGAGAAACGCUGAUGUGGAUACCUCCCGCGUAUCGUCCGGGGUUUUGCGGCCCCUCUUGCAGCACCGUAUUGGGUGCUGCUGCAGUCCUGCUGGAUCUUUCGACCUUCGCCCACGGCGACGCGUGGUCGCCCUCGUACGCGCGCAGUCACCAGACCUAA